UGCUUAGAAGUAAAAAUAAGAAAAACAAAAAAAAGGAGUGGUCAUAAAAGUCCAAGGUAAAAGCUGGACUCCAUUCAACUUCUACACUGUGAGAAAGGAGAGAAGAAAAACACUGGAGAGUAGUAAUAAUGCCUUCUCAUUCUGGAGAUGACAAUGUUCUUCAAGUUCUCAUCAAGAACUUCGAUGUUCUUGCUCUUCCAUUGGUUGCUCUCGUCUACCCUCUAUAUGCAUCAGUGAAAGCAAUAGAGACAAAAUCAUUAGCACAAGACGAGCAAUGGCUCACCUAUUGGGUUCUCUACGCAAUCAUCUCCCUCUUCGAACUCAUUUUCUCCAAACUCCUCGAAUGGUUCCCGAUAUGGCCGUUCUUGAAGCUGGUGGGGAUAUGCUGGCUAGUACUACCACAGUUUAAUGGAGCAGAACACGUCUACAGACAUUUCAUCAGGCCAUUCUACAUGAAUCCUCAAAGAGCUUCCACCAAUAUUUGGUACGUUCCUCAGAAGAAGUUCAACUUCUUUCCCAAACGUGACGACGACGAUAUCCUCACUGCUGCUGAGAAAUACAUGGAAAAACACGGCACCGACGCAUUUGAGCGAAUGAUCGUCAGGAAGGAUAGUUAUGAAAGAGGGAGGAGAGGUGGAGGUGGAGGAAGCAAUAACUACAUGAUCGUUGAUGAUGAUUAUAGGUACUAAGUUUACCAAGUUCUGGUCGUUUUGAUCGGUCACUGAUCUGAUCUUAAACCUGUUUGGCUACAUUAUUCAGUUUGUAAGCUGGCUGUGUGACUUUUGUUUAUGUCUAUGACUUUUAUAAUUGCCAGGAUUACGAAUAAGUAUCAUCCUUAUGUAGUUAUAUGUA